UUCACUUUCAGUAGCUUCUUGCUGAAGUCUCUCGCCAUACAAAGCCAGCUAAGUCAUUUUAAAGCGAGCACACUUCGCCUGUAAUGUUUUUACCGGUUGAAUAACAUGUUUAUGUCGGUUCAGAGCAGAAGCAGCUUAGAUUUCGUCUCUUUUUGACCGUUUAAACGACUAAAGAGUGAGAUGUCCCGGUCCGAGACAUCCAUGAUGUGGGCCGUCUGGUUGGGUGUUUUCCUGGCCGCUGCUGAGUCCGCAGAAACCGAGAUUUACGGGAGGCUCGGCGGUGAAGUCGUCCUCAAACCUGGUGUGAUCCCUCAGACUGAGGCCAUCACCCAAAUCUUGUGGAAAAUCGGUCCCGACAUUGCCGCCGAUUGGGAAAAUAAUGAACUGGAUGUAAAGGAUCGCUUCAUAACUCGUGGUCACCUGAACACGUCGAGCGGAGAGCUGACGAUCACAGGACUGAGGCGAAACGACAGCGGCGUGUACACAUCAGAAAUCAACUACAAGGUCUCACUGACCUCACCGACUCGUCUCACAGUUAUCUCUCCUGUCCCUAAACCCACUGUGACAAAGUCGUGUAAUGCUGACGAGAGCAGCUGCACUCUGACGUGUGCCGGAGAUGUCACAGGAGCCGGAAUGGUGACCUACACAUGGAGAUCAGACAACAAUGAGACAUCUUCAUCUCGGGAGCAACUCAUCUCAAAGGACGACGACAUGAGUGUAAAAGAGUUCACCUGUCAGCUGAAGAAUCCAGUCAGUCAGGAGAGCAGCGAGCCCUUCUCCAACCCCUUCCCCAACCCCUUCACCCCACCUGCCAUGAAGCUGAACUUCUCCACGGGACUCACGGUGUUCCUCUGCUUACUGAUCGCUGUGGUGCUGCUGGUCUGCUUCCACAGGUGUAAAGCAGGAGAGUGGUUCUUCAACAAAGAUAAUAUGCCGUGGGAAGCAGACUUCUGGAGGAAGAACGGGGAACAAUCAAGAGACGCUACAGACUCUAACGGCACCACUGCUCGAGAAAAAGGACAAACAGACGAGGAAACCCCGAUGACAUAAGCAGCCAAACGACACCAAGUCAGGACCUGUCAGGUGCAAAACAAGUUGAUCCGGUGAAGCUGAAAUGUUUUGGGGAUCCAGAAGUACACAUUGGAUCGGUUAGUCAUGCAUUUAGAGAACACAUAUUACUGAACAUCCCAUAAUAGUAGUGUCAGCUCCAAUGCCUCAAGACCAGAUUUAGAGAAGCAAUUUGGAGUGAUAUUAUCGGUAUGUUUAUUUUAAAAAUAAAUAGGUUUUUGAUAGUGAUCGACCGAUACAGGUUUUUUAAGGCCGAUACUGAUUAUUUUGACAUCAGUCUUAACCGAUCCCCGAUAUGUGCUGCUGAUUUUUUUGGGCCGAUUCUUGAAGCCGAUAUUGCCUUUUCGCCCUC